UUCACCCCACCCCAGAGAGGUGUCGUGUUGUGGGUGUGCCUUUUUCUGUUUGGGGUGUUUUUAUAAGAUGAGGUGAUAGGGUUCCUGGCUGCUGGAGUUACGUAACCCACUGUGCGUCCUGAGCAGUGCAGGCUCUCCGGCUCUGUCCCAACAAGCAAACUCAAAACUGCUGAGGAAGGCGCAGAGCUGUGGCCAAGCUUGCAUGGAGGACCGCUUUUUCUCCGAGUCCGCUCUGGAGUUUGAGUCUGCCCAUGGCAUUGGCCUUUCAGCUCAGGCAGCCCUCCAGGGCCCAGCCUUUGCUAGGACUCUGCCACGAACUGGCUGGGACAAACUCAUGUGACGUGUGUAACAGCACCAACCUUCCAGAAGUUGAGAUCAUUAGCCUGCUGGAGGAGCAGCUGCCCCAUUACAAGCUAAGAGCUGACACCAUCUACGGUUACGACCACGAUGACUGGCUGCAUACACCUCUCAUUUCCCCAGAUGCCAACAUCGACCUCACAACCGAGCAGAUUGAAGAGACGCUGAAAUACUUCCUUCUAUGUGCUGAGAGAGUUGGCCAGAUGACUAAGACAUACAAUGACAUAGAUGCUGUCACGAGGCUUCUUGAAGAGAAAGAGCGGGAUUUGGAGCUGGCUGCGCGGAUCGGCCAGUCAUUGUUGAAGAAGAACAAGACUCUAACUGAGAGGAAUGAACUACUGGAAGAGCAGGUGGAACACAUCCGGGAGGAGGUGUCUCAGCUCCGACAUGAGCUGUCCAUGAAGGAUGAGCUGCUUCAGUUCUACACCAGUGCUGCUGAGGAGAGUGAGCCUGAGUCUGUCUGCUCAACUCCACUGAAGAGGAAUGAGUCAUCCUCCUCUGUCCAGAACUACUUCCACCUGGACUCCCUUCAGAAGAAGCUGAAGGACCUCGAAGAGGAGAACGUUGUACUUCGAUCCGAGGCCUGUCAGCUGAAGACUGAGACCAUCACCUAUGAGGAGAAGGAACAGCAGCUGGUGAACGACUGUGUGAAGGAGCUGAGGGAUGCCAACGUCCAGAUUGCGAGCAUCUCAGAGGAGCUGGCCAAGAAGACAGAAGAUGCAGCUCGGCAGCAGGAGGAGAUCACGCACCUGCUGUCGCAAAUUGUGGACUUACAGAAGAAGGCAAAGGCUUGUGCAGUGGAAAAUGAAGAGCUUGUCCAGCACCUGGGCGCUGCCAAGGACGCCCAGCGGCAACUCACAGCAGAGCUGCGUGAGCUGGAGGACAAGUAUGCAGAGUGCAUGGAAAUGCUUCACGAGGCACAGGAGGAACUGAAGAACCUGCGGAACAAGACGAUGCCCAACACCACGUCCCGGCGCUACCACUCACUGGGCCUGUUCCCCAUGGACUCCUUGGCUGCAGAAAUUGAGGGAACUAUGCGUAAGGAGCUGCAGCUGGAAGAGCCAGAGUCUCCAGACAUCACCCACCAGAAGCGUGUCUUUGAGACGGUGAGAAACAUCAAUCAGGUGGUCAAGCAGAGAUCAUUGGCCCCUUCCCCUAUGAACAUCCCCGGCUCCAACCAGUCCUCAGCCAUGAACUCCCUCCUGUCCAGCUGCGUCAGCACCCCCCGCUCCAGCUUCUACGGCAGCGAUGUUGGCAAUGUGGUCCUUGACAACAAGACCAACAGCAUCCUCCUGGAAACUGAGGCAGCUGACCUGGGGAAUGAGGAGCGCAAUAAGAAGCCAGGCACCCCAGGCACCCCAGGCUCCCACGACCUGGAGACGGCACUUAGGCGGCUGUCCCUGCGUCGAGAGAACUACCUGUCUGAGCGGAGGUUCUUCGAGGAGGAGCAGGAGAGGAAGCUGCGCGAGCUGGCUGACAAGGGCGAGCUGCACAGUGGCUCACUCACGCCCACCGAGAGCAUCAUGUCCCUGGGCACACACUCACGCUUCUCGGAGUUCACUGGCUUCUCCGGCAUGUCCUUCAGCAGCCGCUCCUACCUGCCCGAGAAGCUGCAGAUUGUGAAGCCACUCGAAGGUUCAGCCACGCUUCACCACUGGCAGCAAUUGGCCCAGCCUCAUCUUGGGGGCAUUCUGGACCCCCGUCCUGGUGUGGUCACCAAGGGCUUCCGGACGCUGGACGUUGACCUGGAUGAAGUGUACUGCCUUAACGACUUUGAAGAAGAUGACACAGGUGACCACAUUUCCCUCACGGGCCUAGCUACCUCCACGCCAGUUCAGCACCUGGAGACCUCAGGUGAGAGGUCCCGAGCACGUGUGACUGUCUCAGGCAGCAGAAGUUACUCCAGCCAGCCUCAGGCUUCCCCAGAGGAGAUGCACAAGCCACCAGCGCCAGCGGGCCUGGAGGAGGAGGAGGAGGAGGAGGAGGGGUCUGCUCACUAUCCGGGGAAAUGCAUGUCACAGACCAACUCCACUUUCACCUUCACCACCUGCCGCAUCCUGCACCCUUCAGACGAGCUCACGCGGGUCACGCCAAGCCUUAACUCAGCCCCUGCUCCGGCUUGUAGCAGCACUAGCCACUUGAAAUCCACACCAGUGGCCACACCAUGCACCCCCCGGAGACUGAGCCUGGCAGAGUCCUUCACAAAUAUCCGCGAGUCCACAACCACCAUGAGCACAUCCCUGGGACUGGUAUGGUUACUGAAGGAACGAGGCAUCUCGGCGGCUGUGUACGACCCCCAGAGUUGGGACAGAGCCGGCAGGGGCUCCCUCCUCCACUCCUACACCCCUAGGAUGGCUGUGAUCCCAUCUACCCCACCAAACUCUCCUAUGCAGACACCCGUGGCCUCCCCGCCCUCCUUCGAGUUCAAGUGCACGAGCCCUCCCUACAACAACUUCCUGGCCUCCAAGCCUGCCAGCUCCAUCCUGAGGGAGGUGAGGGAAAAGAAACACGUGAGAAGCAGCGAGAGCCAGACAGACGUGUCUGUCUCCAACCUCAACCUUGUGGACAAAGUUAGAAGGUUUGGGGUGGCCAGAGUGGUGAACUCAGGACGAGCACAUAUUCCCACCUUGACUGAGGAUCAGGGACCUCUCCUCUGUGGAGCCACAGGGCCAGCACAGGCUCUUGUUCCUGGGGGCCUGGUGCCCGAGGGCCUGCCUCUGGGGUGCCCCAGUGGCAUCCGACGGAAUCGCAGCUUCCCCACCAUGGUUGGGUCCAGUGUGCAGAUGAGAGCCCCCGUGAUCCUCACCUCGGGCAUCUUAAUGGGUGCUAAGCUCCCCAAACAGACUAGCUUGCGGUGAGGCCAGGGAUCGCUGCCCUCCAGGAGACCAGCGUUUUUCUCUAUCUGCUCCUCGCCUCCUGUCCCCCACAGAGCACUCAUACCCUUUCCUCUCGGAGGUCUACUUCUC